AUUUCGCGACAACUUCAUGAAUGUAAAACUGUCAGAUGAAUAAACAUAUGAAAUUUUUUGUGUAAUUUCCAUUUCGAAAAACAGGAAUCUGCGGUUGCUGGGCAUCGUUCGCCAGCGCGUAAACCAUCAGCGGAAGUGUUAACUAAUACUAAUUAAAACAAGAAUCAAUCAAUGGUUUCAAUUAGGUGAGUGCUAAAUCGGACCGGACUGACACCUGAAAUAGAAUAAUUUUGAUGAAGCAAAACAAGUAGUACAGAAAACAGACACGAUAUAUUUAUAUCUCACUUAGAAGAGGUCGAGUUUGUAAUUCGUUAAAUAUAAAUCGCUGAAAAUUUUUAACCCUUGAGAAUCUUCAAAGUGUUAACCGAAAAUGAACGGUAUUGGGUUCAGUGCGGUGGGACUAGUCCAGUUCCUCUGGCGAAAAUCACAGUGCUAAACAUGAGUGGCAGUGGGGUUCUGUUCAAAAUACUGACGAUCCCGGUAUGUGGAAACACUACUGAGUGUAUUGUUUUUAAGUGAAAACACACGAUUUUGCGUUAAAAUGCUAAAAGCAAAAUUUUCGAUUACCUCUGAGGUAACAGCACAAAGAAGCUGCUGAAUCCCUCUCGAUCGCCAUCGAAGCCAUCACCAUGUCUUGGAUUACGUUUCUAGUCUUCGUCAUCUUAGCCCAACACCAGGCCAAUUCUUCCGGAGUCUUUGAAUUACGACUGAUAUCAUUCGACAACGAAGCCGGAAAGGACGAUUUGGGAAAAUGUUGUACCGGUGUCUCUGGACCGAACUCUGACUGCGAGGGGAUGUGUCGGCCGCGGUUCAGGGUUUGUCUCAAGGAAUACCAAGUGAAGAUCGACACUACGUCUCCGUGCACCUUCGGAGACGUGAUCACCACAGAACUCGAACCAAAUCCCGGAUCGGAUAAUUCCCAAAACGGAUUCGACAGUUCCAUCGCUUUGCCGUUUCCCUUCACUUGGCCGGGUACGUUUUCCUUGAUUGUGGAAGCGUGGCACGGCAACCAGACAUCACACCCCGCAGUAUUAGUAAGUCGACUGACGCGACAAAGGUGGCUGGACGUCAGCGAGAAAUGGACCGGAGACGUGCACAGUUCCAAGUAUUCGACAUUGAAAUUUGAAUACAGGGUGACUUGCAAGUCCCAUUACUACGGUAAGGGUUGCGAAAACCUUUGCCGUCCCCGAGACGACAAUUUCGGCCAUUACAGCUGUUCUCCCACGGGCGAGCGAGUUUGCCUGGCUGGAUGGACGGGAGACUACUGUACUAAACCUCGAUGCCUACCCGGAUGCGACGAACAGCAUGGUCACUGCACCAAACCGAACGAGUGUCGGUGUCAAUCCGGAUGGGAAGGACCUCUAUGCGACCAAUGCCAGCGGUACCCCGGCUGCAUGCACGGUACCUGCGUCAAGCCCUGGGACUGCCUCUGCAACGAGGGCUGGGGCGGUCUUUUCUGCAACCAAGAUCUGAACUUCUGUACGAACCAUAAGCCUUGCCGAAACGGGGGCACGUGUUUCAAUACCGGUCAGGGGAGCUACACAUGCAGUUGUCCUGCCGGCUACACCGGCACCAACUGCGAACUUCCCCUGCACGAUUGCAGCAAGACCCCAUGUCUGAACGGCGGUACUUGCAAUCGCAAUAGCACCCUCAACAUCUGUAUCUGCCCGCCGGGCCACAGCGGUCCACGCUGCGAAACUUCCGUCAAGACCUGCGAAGAAAAGCCAUGCCAGAACGGCGGAUCUUGCACCGUCACCGACGAUGGCUAUCGAUGCGAGUGUCGACCCGGCUACGGCGGCGUCGACUGCGAAUCCCAGUUGAACAGCUGCAGCCCCAGUCCUUGCAGCAACGACGGCAAAUGCGUCGAGAGCACCAACGGUUUCAAAUGCAUAUGCCCGUCGGGCUUCACCGGAGAACGUUGCGAAACCAACAUCGACGACUGCCAGGGUAACCCGUGCCAGAACGGGGGUACUUGCGUGGACAAGAUUAACGAGUUCCGUUGCCAGUGCGUUCCAGGAUUCGUGGGACCCUUGUGUCAAAAACGCGUAGACUAUUGCACCACCAUACCUUGUGCCAACGGCGGUACCUGCCUGCAGCUAAUCAAUGAUUACGAGUGUAAGUGCGCACCGGGUUUCACAGGAAAAGACUGUAGCGAAGAAGUCGACGAAUGUCAACUCGAACCCUGUCAGCACGGUGCCACUUGCGUGAAUCGCGUCCACGGUUACGAGUGCCACUGUCCGCCCGGUUUCUUGGGUCGCCAAUGCGAGGAGGUGUCGUCUAGCGCCGCGCCGAGCGCUAGAAUAUCCUCCGAUUCGAACUUUACGACGCAGCACGUCGUGUUCAUCGUUACGAUCUCCACCGUCGUCCCGCUGAUAGUACUCGUUGCCGUCGGAAUUGUCGUCUGCGUGAAACAGCGUCGCAAACGGGAGAAAGCGCGAGCAGACGAAGAAGCCAGACUGCAAAACGAGCAGAAUACGGCGAAUAGCAGUUUUGCCAAGCGAGGAGCUGCUAUGGCGGCUGACGCACACGUGAUCAAAAACUCUUGGGGCAAAUGCACCAAUAACGUGAUCAGUUCGAACAUUUCCUCGCCCGAUGACUGCAGUGUAUCCAAUAUUAGUGUAAGCGAAUGUGAUGGUUUUCCUAAACCUAUGCACCAAGUCAUAGACGGAAGACCGGUCUACAGUCUGCAGAGAACGCGUUCUCAGAAGCAGCUCAAUACCGAACCGGGACCUCGUGCAUCGGCGCUGUUGGCGGCCAAGCUGCACGAACCCGAGUACGAACAUAUUAAACGUUUGUCUGUGAUGUCAAACGCGUCGGCUGUGUGCGGCUCCAGCGACCCCUCCCUACUCAAGAGGCCGGUAGAAAAGGAGUCCAAUGGCGUUUAUGUGAUAGAAGAACACUUCCACCGCCCGGAUGCGAUUUCAGCGGGUCUCUUUGCCACGGAGGUGUAGAGUUAGUUUAUACGUAUGAUUGACUGAGUGUAUGUGACGCCGAUCUCGCCGUUAGCCUAGGGCACGAUGUACAGUUAUAUUUAUUAUUUGCUCUAAUUCUUAACGCGCGGGAUCGUCGAAGUAGCUUAUGGUUGCAUGAGUAUUACAAUUUUGGGACUGUAUUGUCCCGUGUCCAAGGAGCCUUCGCCCCACCUUUGAUGCCGCUUUAGACACCGCCAAUAAUUACCACCAGAACAUCUCUUCAGUGACCAAUAACUUUUGUUUAUAGUGUACAUAAUUAGAAUAAUUGUUUCCUCGUCUUCUUUUACUUUGUUCUUUUGUAGUCCCUGGAGAAAAAUUCUGGUUCAAAGACCAAAGAUUUUGGUGUAGUAGAAAGCCCGCCUUAUGGGCGGGGCGCGGCGCCAUCUCGUCAAGUAGUAUGUAACUAAUUAUAACACUUAAAAUUGUUAUUGUAAUAUGUGAUGAUUCUAAAAUUAACUAAGUCAGCGUUGUCUACUUACAUGGACUUAUCUCAAUAUUCGUAAGCAUUUUCUUUUCAUUAACUUGCUUCCGAUUUGAACUUCCGUAUAUUUCCAUUUUUUGCUGUACUCUUUGAAGCUCUAGUCAGAAGCAACUUAAUUUUUUUAUAAAGAUGAUCAACGUUAAUUAGUAUUAGACACCUCUGUAUCUGAUGAUAAUUUUGAACAAAGACGCAAUGUUCCUCUUAUUAAAACUAAGUCAUUUGCUAACGUGUCAUAGAAUGAUUACGAAAAUCGUUCUACGACACUAAUCUAAAAACACUUGUUGUACUACUUAACCACUUGGACAAGUUGAAAGACUUAUUAUUGUCAAAAAGACAGACGUUUUGUAAUAUAUUAUUGUAUAUUUAAAGCAUGUAAACUAAAUGUCAUUAUUACAAAUUGUUCAUGUUUCUUAAUUAAACCUUCCCUAGUGAAGCUGUAUUGUUCCUGAUGUGAAUGAUGUUAUUUAAAGUUAUCAUAAUAAAUUUUUUUUGUUCUUUA